UUCGUCUUCAUUUUAUAACCUCAAAACACAUCUUAUUUAACCAGAUCAAUUCAGAUUAAUUCCAAUAAUAUAAAUUCAUUAAUUGAUGAUUACGUUUUAUCUGUGAUAUAAUUUUUAUUAUUACUUCAUAAUGACCAUAUUUAAUUUGUUGCGGAUAACGAAUAUUGUGAAAAAAUCGAGUAAAUUAAAUUUACAAAUCGAAACAUACUCCACACACAUAAAAUAUGCAGAACACAAGCCUCUGGAAAAGAUCAGAAAUAUUGGUAUUUCUGCCCACAUUGAUUCUGGAAAGACCACUUUGACAGAACGAAUUUUAUUUUACACAGGGAGAAUAAAUCAAAUGCAUGAGGUUAAAGGUAAAGACAAUGUUGGUGCAGUUAUGGACUCAAUGGAGUUGGAAAGGCAAAGAGGUAUCACCAUACAGUCAGCUGCUACAUACACAAUAUGGAAAGAACAUAAUAUCAACAUCAUAGACACUCCUGGACAUGUAGACUUCACCGUAGAAGUGGAGAGAGCCUUAAGAGUAUUAGACGGUGCGGUGUUGGUCCUUUGUGCAGUGGGUGGUGUCCAAAGUCAAACAUUAACUGUUAACCGACAGAUGAAACGGUACAGUGUACCAUGUCUAGCAUUCAUAAAUAAACUUGAUAGAAUGGGAGCUAAUCCAGAGAGGGUAUUGAAACAAAUGCGAACCAAAUUGAACCACAAUGCUGCAUUUAUUCACUUACCUAUUGGCUUAGAAAAGGAAUGUCAAGGAAUUGUAGAUCUUGUUGAAGAAAAAGCAAUAUAUUUUGAUGGUGAUUAUGGUGAAAAGGUGCGGUUGGAUGAGAUCCCACAGGAUAAAAGAACAGAGGCACAGGAACGCAGACAUGAGUUGAUUGAGCAUCUUUCUAAUGUUGAUGAGACAAUAGGUGAAAUAUUUUUGGAAGAAAAAACACCAUCAGUCAUUGACAUUAAACAGGCUAUUCGUCGUACGGCGCUCAACCGUUCAUUCACGCCAGUUCUAUUGGGAACAGCACUUAAAAACAAGGGCGUGCAACCUUUACUGGAUGCAGUUUUAGAUUACCUCCCGCAUCCUGGCGAGGUGGAAAAUACAGCUAUUUUGAAUGAAGACACAGAUGGCGAGGGUCAGAAUAUCAUAUUGGAUGCGGCAAGAGAUGGCAAAAAACCAUUCGUCGGUUUAGCCUUUAAGUUAGAAUUAAGCAAGUUCGGCCAGCUGACUUAUCUCAGAUGUUAUCAGGGUGUUUUAAAACGUGGCGAAUAUAUUUUUAAUGCUAGAACUGCCAAAAAGGUAAAAAUUUCGCGUCUUGUCAGAAUGCACUCAAGUAACAUGGAGGAAGUGACUGAGGUGCUUGCAGGAGACAUAUUCGCAUUGUUCGGUGUCGACUGUGCAUCAGGUGACACAUUUGUCAAUGAUAACAAACUGAAUCUCUCGAUGGAAUCCAUCCAUGUUCCAGACCCCGUUGUAUCUAUGGCGAUCAAGCCGAAGAACAAUAAGGAUAGAGAUAAUUUCUCUAAGGCCGUUGCCAGGUUUACAAAAGAGGACCCUACAUUUCAAUUCCGAUAUGAUUCUGAUAACAAGGAAACAAUUGUAUCAGGUAUGGGAGAGUUGCAUCUGGAGAUAUACGCACAGAGGAUGGAACGAGAAUAUAACUGUCCUGUGGAGCUUGGGAAACCUAAAGUAGCGUUUAGGGAGACAUUAAUGUCGUCUUGUUCCUUUGAUUACUUGCAUAAGAAGCAGUCUGGCGGCGCUGGUCAGUUUGCUAAAAUAACUGGCAUCCUCGAGCCCCUACCUCCACAUCAGAAUACUAUGUUGGAGUUCAUUGACGAAACAGUAGGAACCAAUAUUCCGAAGCAAUUUGUACCUGGUGUGGAAAGAGGAUUUAUUGACACGUGCCAAAAGGGUUAUUUAUCUGGACACAAGAUAUCCGGUGUGAAGUUUCGGCUACAAGAUGGCGCCCACCAUAUAGUGGACUCCAGUGAACUGGCUUUCUUUCUGGCAGCCAAAGGAGCUGUUAAAGAUGUAUUCGAAGAUGGCGCGUGGCAGAUCCUCGAGCCAAUCAUGUUCGUAGAAGUAGUAAUACCUGAUGAGUUUCACGGCGCCGUACUAGGACACCUGAACAAGCGAGGAGGUAUCAUAACUGGAACAGAAGGAACUGAAGGGUGGACGACGUUGUAUGCUGAGGUCCCAUUGAAUAAUAUGUUCGGAUAUGCUGGCGAGCUCCGGUCUCAAACUCAAGGUAAGGGUGAGUUCAGUAUGGAGUACAGUCGUUAUUCACCUUGCCUGCCUGAUGUACAGGAACAACUGAUCAGGAAAUAUCAAGAAGAAAUGGGCCUAGUACCAGACCAAAAGAAGAAGAAGAAUUGAACCGCCUCUGUUUUAUAGAAUAAUUUUAUUUAUUUAAGAGUAAUUUAAUAUAUUCGUUAAAUUAAACCAG